GCAACGCCAAUGAACGCGAAUCCAGCACAAGGACAAUGAAAUUCCAAGAAAAAUCAAUAAUUACAUAGCUACCAAAACGGACAGCCGGAAGUGCAUUUUGUGAGUGUUAAAAUAGUUGCAGCAUAGAAAAAGUAACUAUUUUGCUAAAUAAACUUAAGGAAUAUGUAGAUUUUUCGAGUGCGCGAUACAUAUUAAAGCGACAAGAUGGUUGGUAAGUCCGCCAUGAGCGCGGAAGUGACAACAAAGGAACGCCCAGUUUUUAUACCACCACGUAAACGUCAACAAAACAAAGCAGAGGCCAAAAAGCAAAACUAUGUUGAUCAUAUAGUCAAUGUGCAACCAAAUCGGGCCAAGCUCUCUCCCUCUAAUCCGGGUCUUGAAGAGGAGUUACUCAAAUCGAAGUUGAUUAUCAAAAACAAACAGCCACUGCCACAAUUGCCAGGGGAGUUGGGAGGCGCCCAGGAUACCAUUGCCAGCACACACUCGGCCAGCUCCGCUCAGCAUAGUAAUAAGUCGACACGGUCGACCAACAAUCUUAAUGAGUUGCAAAACUUUGAGUCCAUUUCGCAAUGCACCAAGUCAACGUCACAGCGACACGAGAGCAGCACCGUAACGCCAAGCAGCUGCUGCUACUCCGAGAGCAGUCUGGAUGCCAAAAUGAGCAAAUCGCAGGAUUGUCUUAGUCUCAACAAUCGAUCAUCCUCGAAGAAGCGGGUCAACAUACGCACUUCCGACUUGCCACAUGUGCGCAGCCAGCGUGCCUCGCCAGACAUUGCCAACUAUGAGGAUCUCGAGUCAGGUGAAACCAGCGUGCUAAAUACAUACGAUCAGAGUCUCGAACGCUAUCAGGCUCGCAAGGCAGUCGACGGUACCAAUUACUUGACCAUGACGGGCACUAUCAAGCGAGGUCGCAAGAAGGGUCAGUCAAUUGACUUGCAGAUUAACAUCAGUCGUGAGGAACUUGAACAGCUCAAUGCCCAUGCUAUGGCCAAUGAAUCGCACAAGGGACACAAUCUCUGCUGCACUUGUAGCUGCGGCGUUGGACUUCACAUAUUUCUAAUCUCGCUGCUCUGUUUGCCCUUUGUGAGUGUCAUAUCGGCUGUGUACUCAUUUUACAUUGGCACUCUAACCUGGUACAAUAUGUUUAACUAUUACUGCGAGGAGAAGUCGUAUCUGCACAAGAUAUUUGUCACUCCCAUACUGUUUUUAGCCUAUCCCCUCGUCAUUGUGCUCUGCACCUUUGGCCUGGGCUUGUACUCGGGCUUUCGACAACUGAGUCUACAAUACAGUAGCUGGGUGAAUGAUAUCACCGAUAUUGAGAAGGGAUUUUAUGGCUGGCUCUGUGGGUUCUUACACAUGCCCGACUGCAGUCCCUAUGAGGUGGUUAUACUAACUGAUAUUUGCGUUGCGCCACAGGAUCCACAGCGCUUGCAUAUAAACAAACCCAGACAGGAGUUGUCCAUGUAAAACAAAAAAGAAGAAAUAUCUUCGGCACGUCGAAGAUUUAAUACUCCUGCAGAGAGCUGUCGCGCGGCGUCUACCAAA